AGACCGUGUGCGUGCGAACACCAGAGUGAGAGAGGAGAGAGGAGGUCCUGCCGGGAAGCGGCUGCAGCAUGUCCUGGAAGGGCAAUGACUUCUGGCCCUCUGCUAACCCGUUGCGGGGCAAUGCAGUAUUCAAGGAGCAGAAAUCGCUGGGGUUCAAGAAAAGAGAAACGGAGGUGUAUGUUGGCAAUCUUCCACUGGAUAUCUCUGAGGAGGAAAUUCGACAUCUUCUGAAGGACUUCAACCCUCUCCAUGUCCACAAAGUCCAGAAUGGCUGCAGAUGCUUUGCGUUCAUAGAUCUGGGCUCCGUGCAGAAAGUGGCCCUUGCGAUCCAGGAGCUGAAUGGGAAGCUCUUCCAUAAGCGAAAAUUGUUCGUGAAUUCAAGCAAGAGGCUCCCCAAGAGGACCCAUGAUGGGUCCAAGUGGCCCCAGGAGCUGCUGUCCAGUCUGACGAGAACAUGGUGCUUUGAGGAAGUGAGGGAGCUCUUAGGACCUUUGAUAGUCAGGAGCGAAGUCGGCUUUGCGUUCAUAGAUCUGGGCUCCGUGCAGAAAGUGGCCCUUGCGAUCCAGGAGCUGAAUGGGAAGCUCUUCCAUAAGCGAAAAUUGUUCGUGAAUUCAAGCAAGAGGCUCCCCAAGAGGACCCAUGAUGGGUCCAAGUGGCCCCAGGAGCUGCUGGUCUUAGAGAAGCCUUCCUUUGGAGAAUCUUCCAGAACCACCGCUUGUACACAGCUUGCUCCUAAGGCAUCUGUUGGACCCUGUGAGACAGAGACGCUGACGGCUGGCGUCUCUCAGGUUCCCAUGGAAAUGAGGGGCUCCUUCCUGGUGCAGCUGCUGAGGGAGUGCUUCCGAGACCUGAGCUGGCUGGCCCUCAUCCACAGCAUCCACGGGGAGGUGGGGCUACUGGUGACCAGCAUCGUCCCCCGGACCCCAUUUUUCUGGGCCAUGCACAUCACGGAGACCCUGCACGAGAACAUGCAGGUGCUGUUCAGCGCCCUGGCUGAGGCCGAGGAGCAGCAGCCCUUCCUGGAGGAGUGCGCCGUGCAGCGCGGGGCCCGCUGUCUGGCUGAGUACCAGCUGGGCGAGUACGGGCACGCCUGGAACAGGUGCUGGGUGCUGGACAAAGUGGACACUUGGGCUGUGGUCAUGUUUGUCGACUUUGGCCAGUUGGCCACCAUCCCCGUGCAGUCCCUGCGUAGCCUGGACGGUGACGACUUCUGGACCAUCCCACCUCUGACUCAGCCAUUCAUGUUGGAGAAAGAUGUUUUGAGCUCCAGUCAGGUUGUCCAUCGAAUUCUCAAAGGGAAAAUCACUGGCACUUUGAACUUGGAGUCACACGUCCUGAAGUUUGAAGAGUUGAAGUGACGGGGCCGCACGCGUGUUCCCUCCUUUCUGCCUCGCGCCGAGUCUGCCUGCUCUCCCCUCUUGUACUCUUUUCACCCUUAGUGCCUUGGAGGUGCAGAAAGCCAGGCAAUGCCCAGGAUUGCCUUGAUUUCCAUUUUGGCUUUCCCCCCAGCUCACCUCUCAGAAGAGAAUGAAGUCUCCUUCUUCCCAUCUUCAGUUCCUAACCUUGGCCUGAACAUUUGAGCCAAACACAGGAAGCUGCUGUUUGGUUGUCUUGGUCGGGGCCUGAGACAGCCAGUGUUUGCACCCCAGGGGAUAUGAGCUUCCCUAACAGACUGUGGAAGAUGGAGUGACCUCCUGUCUAGUUUCCCUGGUGUUUCAUAUACAAUCAGGUGGAGGGUGUCUAACCAAGGAGCUGUCACUGUGGCAAAUAAAUGGCAUG